UCCGCGACGUGCUUCUCCAACCAUUGGUACGCGACGGUGGUUCGGUCCGGGAGGUGGCUCCUGCAAUCCUGGCGUCGCCGCAGCAGUGGUUCCAUUCCGGCGGCAUCAGGGGAGCACACAACGUCCACGAGCAGCAAGCAGAGCCGGCCAAUCGGCCAAUGAUGCAGCAGCGCUGGCCAUGAGGAGACGCCUGCCGUGGCGGACGCGGAGACAACAACCAUGGGCGUGGAAGACGGUUUUGGAUCCUGUGAGCCGCCGCCGCUGCCUCGUCGUCAAGCAACGUGGGCCUUCUGCUGCUCCAUGUCCAACAAGUCGCCCACGAGGCGUCAGUGUGGCAUUGCUAGAUCCAGCUUCCCCCUGCAAUCGUCUCUGCCGCCAGCACUUGCACGAAAUCGUGCUGGUUUAUGUAGUUCAAGAUCAAAGGCAAGAAUCAGCCAAAUAUGAUGAUGAGAACAAGGCUAAUGAUGGAGAACUUUCAUCUAUCGAAGCUGAGCAGUCUAUUGGGAUACUAAGUUUCAAUGCGCAUCCUAAGUUUCAGUUACCUGAAAUCAAGGCCAGUUUCAGUCGAUGCCGAAGUAAACUACCACAUAAAAUCCAUGCACUUCAAUUGGACAGGAGUUUUCUGCCACGUAAUCGAUGAUGCACUUCACAUGACAGAAUUGUAAGAUCAAUACUUCUAUCUACUCUAUUCAUCACAUCUACACUUCUGUUUAUUCAUUCUAUGAGCUCUCUAUUUAAGAGAAACAACAGAGACUACUAUUUAAGAAUAGUAGCCUUUUCAAUUAAAUGCUGAAGUAUGUGUUUUCUGCA